AUGGUAGUCGGACAGAAGCCUUCCGAAAGGAUAUGGAUAUCCUCGGAUGUGGAAGCCGAGAAUUUGAAGAAUUUGAUGCGCGCUGAAUUCCACGCGCAUUUGAGUGGUUGCAUAAGCAGGAGAAUGCUGAAAAUACUGGGAAGCAGGCGACGAGCACCAGAAUUCAUUGUGGACAACGAAUCUGCAUUAUCUACGCCGAGCAGAUCGCCUCGAAAUCUGGAAGAGGCAUUUCGACUGUUUCCGCUGAUACAAGCAAUGGUGGUUCGUCCCGAAGACGUCCACGAAGUUACUGUGGACGUAAUUCGAGAAUUCAGUGAGGAUAAUGUAGUUUAUCUGGAACUGCGAUCGACACCACGGCAAACUGACUGUAUGUCAAAGGGGGAAUAUGUCAGGGCGCUUAUUUCUGGAGUGAUUCACGCCAAGCAACUCUAUCCGCACAUCUGCGUGCGUAUUUUACUGGGCAUUGAUCGACGACAAGCAGUUGAGCAGGCCGAAGAAACUGUAAAUUUGGCUAUGAAAUAUCGUAAGCUACAGUUCCAACGACUACGUGGUUCACUGUUAUGUGCAGUGACGCCAAAUGGGAGCAGUGUUUUUGCAGGGCCGAAAGAUGGAAAAGCGGAGUCUGAUGCAGUCAUUAUUGGCGUAGAGAUUAGCGGCGAUCCGAGAUAUGACGCACGUAAAUUUUUACCGCUGCUGGAGAAAGCUCGAGGACGCUUGCCAGUUAUUUCUUUUCAUUUGGCGGAGAUAAAAGAAAAUUUGGAUGAUGUUCACGACUGCUUACAAUUCGGGCCCACACGACUGGGCCAUGCAACUUUCCUGCAUGAAAUCCAGGAUGAUGUGCUGCGAGAAGCUUGUUUGCGUCAUGUAUAUAACAACAGAAUCCCCAUAGGUGUGUUAUUUGUCAGUUCUUUUUAG